AUGUCUUACAGUGUGACCCUGACUGGGCCUGGGCCCUGGGGCUUUCGUCUGCAGGGGGGCAAGGACUUCAACAUGCCCCUCACUAUCUCCCGGAUCACUCCAGGCAGCAAAGCGGCUGAGUCCCAGAUGAGCCAGGGUGACCUCGUGAUGGCCAUUGACGGCGUCAACACAGACACCAUGACCCACCUGGAGGCUCAGAACAAGAUCAAGUCUGCCAGCUACAACCUGAGCCUCACCCUGCAGAAGUCAAAGCGUCCCAUUUCCAUCUCCACAUCUGCACCCCCGGUCCAUUCCCCACUGCCAGUGAUCCCUCACCAAAAGGUGGUAGCCAACUCUCCGGCCAACGCCGACUACCAGGAACGCUUCAACCCCAGCGCCCUGAAGGACUCGGCCCUGUCCACCCACAAGCCCAUUGAGGUGAAGGGGCUGGGUGGCAAGGCCACCAUCAUCCAUGCACAGUACAACACACCCAUCAGCAUGUACUCUCAGGAUGCCAUCAUGGACGCCAUCGCUGGGCAGGCCCAGGCCCAGGGCAGUGACUUCAGUGGGAGCCUUCCUGUCAAAGACCUCACCGUGGACAGUGCCUCUCCUGUGUACCAAGCUGUGAUUAAGACCCAGAACAAGCCAGAAGAUGAGGCUGACGAGUGGGCCCGUCGCUCCUCCAACCUGCAGUCUCGCUCCUUCCGCAUUCUGGCCCAGAUGACGGGGACGGAAUUCAUGCAAGACCCGGAUGAAGAAGCUCUGCGAAGAUCAAGGCCCCAGGCCUCUUCCUACAGCCCCGCAGCAGCCACCUCUCCAGCACCAGCCACCCAUACCAGCUACAGCGAGGGGCCAGCUGCCCCUGCACCCAAGGCCCGAGUUGUCACCACUGCCAGCAUCCGGCCUUCUGUCUACCAGCCAGUGCCUGCGUCUACCUACAGCCCAUCCCCAGGGGCCAACUACAGUUCAACUCCCUACACCCCUUCACCUGCCCCUGCCUACACUCCUUCACCUGCCCCCACCUACUCUCCGUCCCCCGCACCAGCCUAUACUCCCUCUCCUGCCCCCAGCUAUAACCCUGCACCCUCAGCAACCUACAGCAGGGGAACUGCGGAGUCGGCCAGCCGUCCCCCCUGGGUAACAGAUGACAGCUUCUCCCAGAAAUUUGCUCCUGGCACCAGCACCACCUCCAUCAGCAAACAGGCCUUGCCCAGGGAGAGCCCAGCUCAGGUACCUCCCCUUGCCAGGGGCACAGUCCAGAGGGCUGAGCGCUUCCCAGCCAGCAGCCGGACUCCACUCUGUGGCCACUGCAACAGCAUCAUCCGAGGCCCUUUUCUGGUAGCCAUGGGCCGCUCUUGGCAUCCAGAAGAAUUCAACUGUGCCUACUGCAAGACCUCCCUGGCAGAUGUGUGCUUUGUGGAGGAGCAGAACAACGUUUACUGUGAGCGGUGUUACGAGCAGUUCUUUGCCCCCAUCUGCUCCAAGUGCAAAACCAAAAUCAUGGGGGAAGUGAUGCAUGCCCUGAGACAGACGUGGCAUACCACCUGCUUUGUCUGUGCAGCCUGCAAGAAGCCUUUUGGGAACAGCCUCUUCCAUAUGGAGGAUGGGGAGCCCUACUGUGAGAAAGACUACAUCAAUCUGUUCAGCACUAAGUGUCACGGCUGCGAUUUCCCUGUGGAGGCUGGUGACAAGUUUAUCGAAGCCCUGGGGCAUACUUGGCAUGACACCUGCUUCAUUUGUGCGGUCUGCCACGUGAAUCUGGAAGGGCAGCCAUUCUACUCCAAGAAGGACAGACCCCUGUGCAAGAAGCACGCACACGCUGUCAAUGUGUAGGGGGUGGAGGCGUCUGGUGCUGACGGGCAGAGCUGCUCUUGCUGCUGGCAACAAAGGAUUCAAGGAGGCUGUUGUUUCUUUUGGGGGGAAGGGGAGAAGAGAGGAAGCAAUUGAGCCCCUUUGAAGUAUAAUUUUAGUUUUUUCUUCAGUGCACAGAUCGUGUAUUUGCAUAGUUCCAACUAGAAGCCAAAAGAAGAUUCAAAACCAAGCUAGUAAUUAAUCCAAGACUGGAAUUGUACUUCAAACGUUUAGAGCAGAAUUCCAAGAACUCAAAAGUGAAAAACAAAAAGCAAGUUUCCCAAAGUGAUGCAUUUCCCUGCAGUCACCAGAGUAGGGACAGAGCUCAGAGCAGUUAUGGAGAAUCUGAAGCAUUCUGCAGAGUUCUUUAGAGCUCCCCUGGCAAACAGAAUGAAGUGCCAAAUAGUCUUUGCUGCAGGGUAUUUUUAGAGUCAUAGCUGAGAGCUUGUUAGCUAAGACCUAUUGGGCUUUCCUCACCAAAAAAGGAAGUGUUGUUCCAUCACUAGCAUCACAGAGCUACCUCUGCUCAUUACACUUCAGACCUUGAACAAACUUGAAACGUUCUAAGGGGAGCCCCAAUGUCCAAAGAAAUGUCUUUGGGGAGCCACUGGGCAGUUGCCAGGGCUCCAGGAAGGACUCUGGCGCACACUGUAGACAGCUGAGAAAGAUGGGCCCUUCAGCUACCCUCUUUCACUUUGAAACAUCCAAUUUCCCCAGAAGGCUUAGCUCCUUCUUGAAUUGGGAUGGGAAAGUGGGAUUGGGUUUUUCCAGUUUUGCUUUGCAGUGUACAAGAGGAGAUUUUAAAGCAUUUGGGUUGUGUUUGGCCCUUUUUUUUUUUUUGCUUUAAGAGGUUUGUUAGCUUGAGUGUCAGGUCCUGUGCAUGUAUUUCACCCCCAAUCUGUGACUGUUCACUCAUGACAUCUUCCUUAGUACCCUCUAUCUCAAGUGGCUCAGUGGUCUAUGGAAAAGAGAGAGAGUGUGUGUGUAAAACAGGAUGGCAGAAUAGGCUGACCUGCCCCAUCUCUGGGUGGGGAAAAGGAACCUUGCUUUCUGCCAACCUCAGUAAGAAUGCAUGGGGGUGGGGGGCAGGACCUCUCACCUUCAGGUCUGCACCAACCAUCCUUUUCAUAUGUUCCUUUAAAUGCAGUAGAACGUUUAUGUACAGUUGUGUUAAGUGCUGGAAGGAAAAAAUGGACUGAUUUAUAUGCAUUUGCCAUUUUGGCCAGUAUUUUGAAAAUGUUUGAGCUGAGUUGAUCUAGCAAUUAGUUAAGAAUUUAUUAAAGUAGACUUGGGCCUUCAAACUUCUUUACAAUAUUAGUGACAGUUUGAGUUAGGUAAACAUUUUGAAGCUGUUUGGUGAUAAAGAGAGAAGCUUAAUCCCUGAAGUUGGAAAUGGGAUAGUCACUUUCCUUUUUAGGAAGUACUGUUAUUGUGCUCAUUGAAAAUGGCAUUGAAGCAGGCAGUUUACGGGGAUGUUUCUCCCUUGAGCACGAUAUUAGGCACCCUUCCAAUCACUGCUACCCUGUCCUUACUCUUGUUUGGGAUUUUUCUCUUUGCACGUUUGAAAUGUUUUACAGGAAUGCACUUAGAACUCUUUUUCUUCUGAGAACGGAGACUUCCAGGGGACCACUAUCUGCCAGCAUGUAUCUCUUCUCCCUGAGGGAGAAGGAAGCCACUAGCUGUGUCCCUAGCAGGAAGCCUGAAUUUUUUCCAAGCAUGAAGCCACCAACCUCCCCCAGGGAAUACCAGGGAGGGACAUGAGCAUGCACCUACCACAGGACUGUUCUUACCACCUGUGAUGCUAUAAGAAAGUGAAUACGAAGUACCAGGCAGAGUAAAAUCUGCGACUGAUAAAGAGUGCAAACAAGUACCUUGUAGUAUUCUAUUGUGUUUGGAAAGUUCAAAUAUACAGGGACAAGGCGGUUGCUGACUUCACAGAAUAGCUCUAAGUAGGUUUUCUCCAAAACCAAUCUAUUAAAUUAUCCGGGACUGGUCUUGAGGAAAGA